AGUUACAUUGCGACCGUUAAACUUCUGUUUGAGCUGUUUUCUUUCAGGCGACUCGUUUGAAUUACAUUUUAUGUUGGUUAUUGAAAAAUAGUAAUAUUUUAGUUUAUAAUAUAAUAUACAUUUUGUAGUGUAGCGCAGCUUGUUAAAUUGAAUAAUUUGCGUGAGAAGUAUUUCCGGGGUAGUUUUAUAACUGGUAGCAUAAUCAAACACUACACCGUUUCACCGAGAUAUUUACAGUCCCCGCAUUCAUGUCCGCUGCGGUGAUAGUAGCCGCUGUAGUCGGCGGAGGGGUGCUGCUCCUUAUGCGCCGUUUGUUCCCCCGGCAGAAAGCGGUGGCGCUGCUCCGGUACCCGGCCGACGCUAUGCGGGGAAAGACGGUAAUUGUGACCGGGGCUAACUGUGGGAUAGGGAAGGCCCUGGCCGGGGAGCUGCUGAAGCUCCGUGCCCGGGUCAUCAUGGCGUGUCGGGACCAGCGCAGCGCCGAGGAGGCGGCGAAGGACAUCCAGAAAGAAGCGGGAGCAGAGCAGGGACAGGUGGUCAUCAAACACCUGGACCUGGCUUCUCUCACAUCAGUCCGCAGGUUCUGUAGGGAAAUUCAAGAGGAGGAAUCCAAGAUCGACGUGCUCAUCAAUAACGCCGGGCUCUAUCAGUGUCCCUACACGAAAACGGAGGACGGUUUUGAGAUGCAGCUGGGCGUGAAUCACCUGGGUCACUUCCUCCUCACUCACCUCCUCCUGGACCUCCUGAAGGCCUCCGCCCCGAGCCGCGUCGUCGUCGUUUCCUCCAAGCUCUACAAGAACGGCCAAAUCAACUUCGACGACCUGAACAGUGAGAAUAUGUACAACAAAGCCUUCUGCUACAGUCAGAGCAAGCUGGCCAACCUGCUGUUCACGCUGGAGCUGGCCCGUCAGCUGGAGGGCACGGGGGUCACGGUCAACGCCCUCACCCCGGGCAUCGUGAGGACCAGACUCGGCAGGCACAUUCAAAUCCCUUUCCUGGCGAAGCCGCUGUUCUACCUCGCCUCGCUGGCCUUUUUUAAGAGUCCGCUGGAGGGGGCGCAGACCCCUCUCUAUCUGGCCUGCUCCUCUGAGGUGGAGGGAGUGUCGGGGAAGUGUUUCGCUAACUGUGAGGAGGAGGAGCUGAUGGCUAAAGCUACGGACGAGCAGGCCGCCAAGAAACUGUGGGACAUAAGCAGGAGGAUGGUCGGACUCGCCGACUGAGCAAGGCCCUGGACUGUGGACGGGACUUAUGAGUUCUCGGACGAAAUACUUCACCUCCAGCAGCCUCACGGACAGAACUCUGCAGGAGACAGCUUAAUAAAAGACUCAUCACCACCUCGAGGAUAUAAUCAUUAAUUAAAUGGCAUAUUGUGCCAAUAAAGUGUGCAAAUUUGUGCUAAGAUUAAGAGUGCUUAAACAAUUGUACACAGCAUAUUGUAGUCGAUCUGGGAGCAACUUUUCACUGUCUCCUUCAAGGACACUUCAACAUCCGGACAGGAGGAGACGGGGAAUGGACCGCCAACCGUGUUAUUAAAGGAUGAUCCCUUUAUCUUCUGAGCCACAGUUUAAGUUUCAGUGUUUAAUUCUGGGAUAUAAGCAUUAAUUGAAUGACAUUUUGUGCCGAUGAAGUGUGUAAAUUUGAGUGCUGAGUGUGCAUUGCAGUGGGUUGAACAGAGAAUGUAUGAAGCUUUAAUUUAAAGAAAUGCAAAAGUGAUGGUUCAAACAUAGAUGCAUCGCUGUAGGAAAUUAUCUCUCAUUCCAUUUACCUGCUCUGCAAUAACUUCCCAUGUAUGAUGUCUUCUUCAUGCACAUGUCUACAUGUAGCAAGCCAAUAAAAAACUGGUUACCUGUAUACAAGAAAUCUCUGUUCUCCUGGAGAAAUUGAGCAUAAUCUGUAUAUGGGAAAAAGGUUUUCUUGUUUACAUGAUAUUUAAGGGAAAGUUACUAUUAGGUAUAAACCAUGAAACUUUUACAGUUGACAACUUACAUUACAGUGAUUUUUUGCAUUACAAGUUAUGUGAACUUUUAUGUUUGAAUAUGCACACAAUGCAUUAUCUCAUUAAAUAUGUGCUAAUUUGCAUACUUUUCAAGAACAAAAAUCAUGGAACAUUAGAAAAAGCCCUUUUUUUUGCCAUUUUUUUAGGAAAAAAUGUCCCAAAGACCAGGCUAUGAAUGAUAUAUACACAAAAACCUCUGUAAAAGCCUUCAGAAUUGAGAUAGGAAUGAAACUGGAUACUUUGGUGUAUGUAAGUGCUGUUGAAGUUGAGAUUUGUGUCUCACAAGUUUGAGGAAAAACAACAAAUUUUGACAAAACAGCCUUGUAUUGUAAAAUUCCAUACAUUUUGCAAGACACUACAGAUGAAUAGGGUAAAAAAACAUUUAAAAAAAUCACCAUAAAACUUCCCCAGUUGAUUACUAACAUGAAGAAAAAAAAACUUUUUAUUGAAAUGUUUAAAUAUGUAAAUGAAGUAUUAUCUAAUGCUAACAUUUGUUCAGUUUAGGAUAAUCUACAGAAAAUAGAACAAAUAGACAAAGUGCAGUAAAAUAAACACCUAAAUGUGCGUUUUGGAUGUUUCUUUCCACUAGUCUGAAAGAAGACAUGUUAUGGAAGCAAAAUAGCUCAAAAUUGACCAAUGCAUGAAAAAAACCCAGAUGUUUUUCCCUGUUAAGAAAUCAGCUAACCGCGUGCAAAUAAAGCCGACACCUUGUUUGACAGUUGAUUUACUUGUCAAAACUACUUUCAAAUCAACAUUUAAGUGAAAACAGACAUGGGAAUUAUUACCAAAACGAAAUUAUAAACUGUUCAGACUUGGUUUUAUGCAUCCUGAAUAGCUCCUCACUCUCUUAUUCAUGCCGAUGACUGAGAUUCACACACACG